AUGAACUUCACUGUGACCUUUCUGCUGAUUGCAGUUGCACUUUGUUUACUUAACACAGUAAACACAAAAACUGUAAAGCCGUCAAGUAGAAUAGUGGGCGGGCACGAAGCGAGACCACACAGUCACCCUUAUCUAGUGUCACUUCAGAGCAGAUUCUUAUGGGUACGAGUACACGUCUGCGGUGGAGCAAUCCUCAAUGAAAGAUGGGUUUUAUCAGCGGCCCACUGUGCAAUGGAGUCUUUCUUGAUACGAUGGCUUCCGCUAGAUGUCGUUGCUGGUAUUCACGAUGUCAAUAACUACGGAGAGCGAGCACAGAUUAUGAAGAUCAACGAACGAAUACCACAUCCUUUAUAUGAAGGUGGUAUCGGGCCUUAUGACGUAGCCGUCUUCAGCACAGAAACCCGAAUCAAAUUCACAAAAUACAUUCAACCAGUUAAUCUGCCAAAUAAUUACAAAUUCCGUGGAGCAUACACACUCAAGUUACCCGGUUGGGGUGCACUGAAAACCACAUUAUUUUUCCCUGACUUGCCAAGCAGAUUGCAGGAAGUAAAAGUAACCUACAUCCCAUACAAUGAUUGCUAUGCAGCCAUUGAAAAACUAAAAGAAGAUAACGAAGAAAAUCCACUCGAUAGAGAUGCAAAUAUAUGCACAGGACCAACUAGUGGGGGAGUAGCAGCCUGCAGUGGAGACUCAGGUGGACCACUCAUACAAUAUGUUCCAUACAGUAUUCUGGAACCAAACGAUUCAGUAGAAGACAAUACAGAACGAUACAAUGCAAGUUACUAUGAUUGUAACAAUGAACAAACUACUGAAACAAUUGAAGAAACCACGAUAAACGAUGACACAAGUCCCCAGGGAAGGCAAAAUGCUGAUGAUUUGGUUCCAAUAGUUAUAGGAAUCGUGUCCUGGGGUGUUUCGCCCUGCGGCCAAAAAGGUGCACCAACUAUCUACACAAAUGUAUCCACCUACAUAGAUUUUAUUAAUUACAACAUCAAGGAAAUGUAA